AUGGCGCACUGGCUCAGCUCUAAAUUGGAUUGGGGAGGGAGAGGAACUCACCUAAGCAGGGGGCUCCUUGUCGCCGGCGAGGGCGGAGGCUGGUCGGGGAUGCCCUUGUCGCCUGUUCAACGGAAUGCCCGCCCGGACCGUCUUCUCCUGGAACGCGCUCGUCGGGGCGUACUCGUCCUGGAGCGCCGGGCACUGGUAAGGCCCAGCACGCUUGACAAUCUGAUUCCUUGGAUGUUCCAUACUUCCAUGGAAGAUACCAUGCAGCCACUCCACUCUUCAUGGAACAAGAACAACAGAACAACCAGAUCAUGGCCUAUACGAUCGCUUGGUCUUGCUCUCCUGCCAUUGCUCUCCCUACUCUCUCCCACCAGCUGUGUGUGCAUAGAGCAGGACAAGAUCUCCCUCCUCAGGUUUGUCCAGGGGCUCUCGCAAGACUCUGGCCUCAGCACUUCUUGGAGGAACGGCACAAACUGCUGCACAUGGAAGGGUAUCACCUGCGACGCUGAUGGCGCUGUCACAGAGAUCUCACUGGCUUCCAUGGGCCUUGAGGGGCGCAUCUCGCCGUCGCUUGGCAACAUCACCAGUCUGCUGAGCCUCAACCUGUCGUGCAACUCACUCUCCGGUGGUCUCCCGGCGGAACUAUUGUGGUCCAGAAGCAUGGUUGUCCUUGACGUCAGCUUCAACAACCUAAAUGGUGACCUCCACAAGCUGCCCUCUACGGCUGGACAGCCUAUGCAGGUAAUCAACAUCUCAAGCAACCAGUUUACAGGAGAAAUUCCAUCCAUCACAUUGGAGAGUAUGGAGAAUCUCGUUGCUCUCAACGUGAGCAAUAACAGCUUCACUGGAGAAAUUCCCAGCACCAUAUGUGUCAAAAAGCCAUUCUUUUCGGUGCUUGACCUGAGUUUUAAUCAAUUCAACGGAAGUAUACCGGUGGAUCUUGGUGACUGCUCUGUGCUAAAAGUGCUCAAGGCCGGUCACAACAAACUCGAUGGGACUCUGCCAAAUGAGCUCUACAACGCUACCUUUCUAGAGCACCUCUCUUUUCCAAACAACCGCUUGCAAGGAGCACUCAGUGCCGAGCAUUUGGUCAAACUCGAGAAUUUGGUUAUCCUUGACCUUGCAGAGAAUGGACUCACAGGCGAUAUCCCGGAUUCUAUUGGGCAGCUCAAGAGACUAGAGGAGCUUCACUUAGAGUACAACAGCAUGUCCGGAGAGCUGCCAUCGACUCUAAGCAGAUGCUCCAAUCUCAGAACUAUCAUUCUCCGGUUCAACAGUUUUCAUGGAGAUCUAAACAAUGUCAACUUCACCUUACCCAACCUAAAAAUUCUAGAUUUUAUGCAAAACAAGUUCGCUGGUACAGUUCCUGAGAGCCUAUACUUCUGCAGCAAUCUCAUUGCGCUUCGACUGUCUUCCAACAACUUCCGUGGCCAAUUUUCGCCAAGAAUAGGCAACCUCAAGUCCCUCAGGUUCCUGUCCCUUACAAACAACUCCUUCACAAAUAUCACAAAUACCCUUCAGGUCCUCAAGAGUUCUUUGAACCUUACAACUCUGCUGAUUGGUACCAAUUUCAAAGGCGAGGCCAUGCCAGAAGAUGAAACAAUCGAUGGUUAUCAAAAUCUUCAGAUUCUUUCCUUGGCUGAUUGCUCACUGUCAGGAAAAAUACCUCACUGGCUCUCAAAGCUCCAAAAUUUGAAGGAGCUAUUUUUGUACAGCAACCAACUCACUGGAUCAAUACCUGCCUGGAUCAGCAGCUUAAAUCUCUUGUUCGUUAUAGAUGUAUCCAAUAACAGCCUUGUAGGGGAGAUCCCAAAAGCACUGAUGAAGCUACCGAUGCUAGAAUCUGAGAAUAUUGUAGAUGGUUCAAACCAAGUAUUUCCGCUGCCUGUUUACAUGGCUGCAUCUCUUGAAUACCACAAGGCCAAUUACUGCCCUAAACUGCUGAAUCUAGGCAACAAUGAGUUCACUGGGGAGAUUCCACUGGAGAUUGGUCAUCUGAAAGGGCUCACGGAGCUCAACUUGAGUUUCAACAACUUACAAGGGGAGGUUCCGCAAUCAUUCAGCAACCUCACAAACCUGCAGGUGCUGGACUUGUCCAACAAUCACCUGACAGGUGAAAUCCCUGGGGCAUUGGAGAACCUUCACUUCCUUUCCUACUUCAACAUUUCUAACAAUGACAUGGACGGCCCUAUUCCGACAGGAGGCCAGUUUUGCACGUUUCCGAAUUCUAGCUUCGCUGGGAACCCAAGGAUGUGUGGCCCUAUGUUCAUUCAGCAAUGUAGUGCUUCAGUAGAGGCAGGUCCUGCGCCCAUUCGCUCCACGGGACUGUGUGGUGAAGACAUCGUCUUUGCUGUGGCCUUUGCUGUUUUCCUUGGAGUAGGAGUGCUAUAUGAUCAGAUGGUACUAUCCAGAUAUUUUGGGUAA